ACGAACGUUUUUUUCUCAGUCAAAAUACAUUUCAGACACUGAAACGUUCCUAAUCUGUCUGUAAUUCCGUAUCUCUUGUACAGCCUUCCCAGUGUCCUGAUGGUUCAAAACAGCUUUCGUACUUGAUCUGGGAAUAUGAUCUUUGUCAUGAGUUUACAUUCCGCAUUUCUGUGGAGAUCGUAAGCAAGUCGCGUCUCUUUUCGCCGAGAAGCUGCAGCUGUCAGGAGCCAUAAUGACCAAAGUAAUGCGGAGUUGGAAAUAACCGUGCAUUGUUUUCGCUUUCCAGAGGGGUCGGGGUUUGUGUGUACCGUAUACACAAUGCUGGGCUUGGCGUGAAACGCACUGUCGAUGGUCGGCUGUUAUCUAUUGGGCCUGGACUAUGACCGUUUCUUCCCAGUCUAAUAAAAAUAAAAACGAUUGCACGUGGUGUUACCAGUAAUCCCCCCGGCACGCCCAUUCCCGAUAUUGUAGAUCGGUUAUAGCCUGUGGUGGGUCUGUCUUUAUAAUUUACUAUUUUAGGACGCUCGUGUGGUGAGGUUAAUAAAAGGCGGGGUGAGACAUGGUGGAUUACUAUGACAUUUUGGGGGUGUCACGGAAUGCCUCUCCAGAAGAUAUCAGACGGGCGUACAGAAAACAGGCUCUGCGAUGGCACCCAGACAAGAAUCCCAACAAUAAAGAGGAAGCAGAAAAGAAAUUCAAGGAGAUCGCAGAAGCGUAUGAGGUUCUGUCUGAUGGCAGGAAGCGGGAAGCAUAUGAUAAUUAUGGCAAAGAGAGCACAUGCAGUUCAGGCUCGAGUGGACCCUCCAGCCCAGGAGAAUUCCCCGGAUUUACAUUCACAUUCCGCAGCCCAGAGGAAGUAUUUCGGGAGUUCUUUGGUGGCCAGGAUCCUUUCGCCAGCUUUUUUGAUGACUUUCCCUUCGGUGGCAUGCACGGAGGGAUGACGAAUGGCGGCCGGCACAGUGGGUUCUUUGGGUAUCCCGAGCCCCCGUUCCACUCCCCCGGUCGGCUCUUCUUUCCCGCACCCCAAAUGGAAUUCACCUCUUUCCCCCCCAUGGGAGGGAUGGCCAGAAGGGAGUUCGUAGGCGGUGGGAUGGGCCACUUCAAAUCCGUCUCCACCUCCACGCGCAUCGUUAACGGAAAGUGCACCACCACCAGAAAAAUCGUAGAGAACGGGCAGGAGAGAACGGAGAUCGAGGAGGACGGGGUCCUGAAGAAGGUUCUCAUCAACGGUAAAGGUGUGGAGGACGAAAUGGCCCUGGGUAUCGAGCUGAGCCUUAGGGACUCACCUAGAAAGUUGGCCCAGCAAAAGAAGUCCAUCCAGGAUUCAUCUAACAGCAAGCCAAAGGCCUCCCCCCGGCAGAAGCACAGCCCCGCCCACAGAUCCAGCCCCCGCUCCCGAAAAAGCAGAGUUAUAGAAGAGGAUGAGCAGCUGCAGGUGGCAAUGGCCUGCAGCCUGUCAGAGUUGCGAGAUGGCAGUCCUGGUGGGCGUGGGACUGGGAACAAGAAGGGCAAGGUGGUCAGGGACCAGCCCAGAGCCGCGAAUGAGAGGAUGCGGUCAGAGAAGGACAACACCCCCCCCUCGCGAAGAGAUCCCACAGAUCCUGUGAUCAGCCGUGGUGUUUAUGGGGCCAGCCAGGGUCCCAGCAGACCCCGAGAGGAUGAAGAGAGCAACCGGCCCCAGAAUAAUGUCAAGAAGAAACGAAAGUGCAACUGCGUGGUUUGUUGACAUGUGCAUGGAGAACCAAGCAGCAAGAGUGGAGUAGUGGCGGCCAUCUUCCAAGCGUGUACCUCACUUCCAUGUUAAGCCCAUGUUCUCAAUAGUCCAGUGCCUUGACUGAAAGUAUCUUGUCUGUGACCCACCCGCCUUCACCAUCUCAUGGGACACGCCUUCCUAAUGUGUUUUGAGGUGGACCGCAUGAAGUUAAAUAGACAUUUGAUGCUGAUGUCACCCCCAGCCCCACGCUGACACCUUGCUCUCCUUCAGCCGCAGUGAAUUUGCUUCAUGUUCUCUGUAUUGCCUUCCCGCCCCUCUCAGAGGCCCCCUGCCUGUGCGGACUAAGCUGCUCCUUGUUUUAGUCGUCUUCACAGAUGCCUGUGAAAUGGCCCUGUGUUGAGCCUGUGGAAAUGUAUUAUUUUUCUAGGCUCCUGUAGAAAUAUGAAAUAAUACUUAUAAAAAUGGGAAAGGAAGUGUAACACAGAUUUUGUUUUUUUUUACAUUAGUUUCGUUGGUUUAAAGGAAGCUCGAAUCUGACUAAUAUUAAAUUACUUUAAUCUACUAAAUGUCAGAGGAUUCUUACAUCAGCUGGGAAACUAAUUCAUCCAUAAAUGUCUAUAGGACUUUUUUUCCAGAAUAUUGACACCUUUCUUUACAUAUAUGCUAAAUCGGGUGCUGCGGAAAUGCCCGGGCCAUACUGAAGUGUUCACGUGAAUUCUGCAUGUGCAUUGCCACCGAAUUCUGCAACAGUGUUACUCACAUCCGUUAAUAAUGCUAAAAUUAAGCUUACUUUUUCACAUUUUUUCUGUCAUUCAGUGCCUUUAUGUGUGAUGAAGAACAUGGUGAGGAAGAUGGCAAUUAUUGCCUCAGUUUGGAUGGGAACUUAUAUGAAGUGCGCUAGGCUUUCGUAUUGUGGUUUUGGCAGAACGUUUUUGUCAGUAAUUUUUGUAUUUACAGCAUCUGUAUUGAUCGAAAGCACAUUGGUCUUCAGUCUGUAAAAAGAGAGGCCUUCCUUUUGCAUGACUUUUCUCACUGAGACUCUAAGGCUCAGCGGAUGGACCCAGGUUCAGCGGAUGGACUGAUGAUGCUUUGCGAUGGAAUUCCCUUGAAACAGAGGAGACUGUUGUAUAAACACAAAGUUAUAAUGCCCCAUGAUUGACAGGGAAAGCUUCGAAUAGCUGUCAUCCACACUUCAUUAACAGUAUCAUUGUCAUUUCUGCUAAACACCCAAAGCCAGUUUCUCGUAGUGAUACCGGCGUGGAGCUUUACUGAGCAGGAACAAAGCAGGGCUAGAUGGGUAACGGAAACAAAACACAGUUUUUGAUUCAGUGACAGUCAUAUAUCUAUGUCUUGUGAUUAAGGGUGAUUCUGUUGCACCUGGAGAAAAUAAAAGUUAUAAAGUUACAA